AUGGCAGAUGGUACCUACAGGUUCCAGCAGCCUGGGGCCGGGCAGUUCUUCUUCCAAACACAAACGCAACAGCACUCUCACCAACGUCAUCUCGUACGCAACGGGACCAACUCCCCCACUGGAAGACUAAAAUUUAGUCACGACACUCCUUCUCCCUCACGUUCACCUCCGAUCAACCAAGCUGCUGCCUUGAAUCCAUUUACGAUGUAUACACAAACCCACCAAGGGCAGCAUGUCAUGAUGAAUGGCGGCCAGGCCCACCAGCGAUUUGGCAUGCAGAUCCCCAAGUUCCAAUCGCAGAGCCAUCACCCCCACCCCGCACAGCAGGCCCAUCACCAUGCCCAUCACAACCAAGCUUCUCAUAGCAUCAAUCACCAGCACAACUUCUCCAGUGGGGCAUUGGCUGCCGCCACUCCGCACUUCACUCCCGGCCCCCUCCAGAAUGGCGCUCAUGUUAACGUGGACGAAGAUAUUGACGAGACCAUGAACGAACAUUGGCAGCAGCAACUUCAGUUGGCUGCGGAGUCACGGCAGGCAAGCUCCCCGCAUUAUUACGCCCGCACCGUCGCACAGCAAACCAAGGGUAUCCAGAUUGCGCCCAGUCACCCUGAGCAACAAGAGAAUGGGAGCGGCGAUCGCAAUGGCCUGGUGAAGUCCAAGCCUGCUCCUCGGCAAGGCUGGCAUGCUCUUGAUUUCGGCGGGCAGGGUCUCCGCGCGCUUGCGACAUCUUUGUUCCACUAUACUUUUCUCGAGAAAUUGUACCUCAAUCACAACAAGUUGAAGACGCUCCCUCCGGCGAUUGGCCAACUGCGGAAGCUCACCCACUUGGAUCUGUCGAGCAAUGAUAUUUCGGAGCUCCCCGAAGAGAUCGGUAUGCUCACAAGCUUGAAGCAGCUCCUCCUGUUUGAUAACAACAUUCGCACGCUUCCGUUCGAGAUGGGUUAUCUCUAUAGAUUAGAGAUGUUGGGAAUUGAAGGGAACCCUCUGAAUGAUAUUUUGAAGUCUCAGAUCAUCAAGGAAGGAACAAAGGCCCUAGUCCGGUAUCUGAGGGAAGAAAUGCCAGUGCAUCUUCCUCCCCCGGAUAGAGAUUGGAUCAUCCUGGAUGAGACCGCUAGCUCCUCCAACACUUCCAUCGAGAAGAUUACCGUCCUUUCCCACAACGCCCUCUGCGACUCUUCCGCAACCCCGAGUCACUUCGGUUAUACCCCGUCCCGUGUUCUUUCUUGGGAAUUCAGACGUGAGCUCAUCCUGAGCGAGCUGAGGUCACACGACUCGGACAUUAUCUGUCUGCAGGAAAUCGAUCAAGGCAGUUACAAUGGAUUUUUCCGGGAGCAGCUGGCUUAUAACGAUUACAAGGGUGUAUACUGGCCUAGAGGUAGAGCUAUGGGUAUGCAAGAGGAGGAAGCGAAGUCGGUCGAUGGCUGUGCCACCUUCUUCAAGGGAAGCAAGUUCAUCCUUCUCGAUAAGCAGAUGAUCAACUUCGGCCAAACAGCAGUGCGGCGACCGGAUGCCAAGGGCCAAGAUGACAUCUACAACAGACUCUGGCAGAAGGAUCACAUUGCGGUAGUCAUCUUCCUGGAGAACCGGCUGACAGGCUCCCGCUUCAUCGUCGUGAACGCGCAUCUCUACUGGGAUCCUGCUUUCAAGGACGUGAAAUUGAUUCAGACCGCCAUUUUGAUGGAGGAGAUCACUAAGCUCUCCGAGAAGUACGCGAAAUUCCCACCGUGUACCGACAAGACUGCAUUCCGCUUCUCGGAAGCAGAAGGUGAAUCGGAUACUCCUCCCCCUGAGCCUGCGCCGUCUGUGGAGUAUUCCAGUGGUGAUCAGAUUCCGCUAUUCAUGUGCGGUGAUUUCAACUCGGCGCCUGGGUCGGCAGCGUACAACUUGGUCGCACACGGCCGGCUCACCGAGUCCCAUCCGGACCUGGAGAAGAGGCUCUACGGCAACCUGAGUCGGGUCGGUAUGACGCACCCGUUCAAGUUGAAGUCGGCGUACAACUCGAUUGGCGAGCUGAGCUUCACGAACUAUACUCCGGACUUCAAGGAUAUUCUUGAUUAUAUUUGGUAUACGUCCAACACACUUCAUGUCUCGGCGUUACUUGGGGAGGUGGACAAGGAGUAUCUGCAGAAGGUGCCCGGGUUCCCCAAUUUUCAUUUUCCAAGUGAUCAUGUCGCAUUAUUUGCGGAGUUUACAGUUAAAGGGAAAAAGGGAAAGGUUGUGGAAGCGGAUUUUGGGCCGCAACGGAAUUGA